UAGAAAUGUUCCAGGCCUUUUGUUAGGCCGGUCCUCAGUACCUCCACUGCCACCCGCUCAUAUAAUAGGAGCUCAGGCUCAGGCUCAAGCUCAGGGGGCAGAGAGUAGGAGGGGAAAGGUCUGCCACCAUAAUCAAGGAGGGAAAGAGGCGGGAGACUGUUUGUCUGGGAUACACAGGAGGAGAGAGGAGCCCCAACUCAGGUCAGGUACUUUAACAUUUAUCUAGUGAGGUUCUGUGUGUGUGUGUGUGUGUGUGUGUGUGUGUGUGUGUGUGUGUGUGUGUGUGUGUGUGUGUGUGUGUGUGUGUGUGUGUGUGUGUGUGUGUGUGUGUGUUUUGGGGGCACUUGAUGGAUUCUGACUCUGCUAUUAUGAGACUUCAGGUUGGAGUGCUGAGAAUUUGGGAGGGGAGAGAGAAUUAGCCAGGCUAAAUCUGGGGGGGGAUUAUCAGAAAACAGAAAAAGUGCUAGUUCCUUUGUCCAGCUAUGCUCCCUGAUUCACCAUCUAACUCAUGUACAUAUUUGCAUUGUGUUGGCCUGUGUUUCCUAUUGUUACUAGCAUUUAAAUGAAGCCAGAAUCAUCUUCGUCAUCUCAGAACAUGGAUUUGAUUUCCAGUACCUGACAGUAACUGUGCCGAGGUGUUUGUGAAUAGCCACUUUUGGAUUCUCAUACUCCAGAGGGUGAGCAAGCUGAGAGGCAGUGGGCUGUCCUGUAUCUGACUGGAUAGAAUGGGUGAUCCAGCGGAGGACAGAGGGAAGCUGACCAGCCAACAGGAGCUGUGUGUUUCUGACAAGCAUGCCACCAAACGCCCCUGCUGUUCCACACUCAAGCUGUUCAUCGUGGCCCUGUCAUUCGCCUACUUCUCCAAGGUUCUGUCAGGGACCUACAUGAAGAGUGCCAUCACUCAGAUAGAGAGACGCUUUGACCUGUCCAGCUCUCUCAUCGGACUCAUAGACGGCAGCUUUGAGAUGGGUAACCUGCUGUUCCUGGCUGUGGUCAGCCAUUUUGGCGCAAAGCUGCACCGGCCCAGGCUCAUUGCUGUGGGCUGUUUCCUCAUGGCUGUAGGAUCAUUCCUCACAGGCCUGCCACACUUCUUCAUGGGACGCUACACAUUUGACACGGUCAUCCAAGGCUCAAUGAAUGACAGUGUCAGUAUAACUCCAUGUCUGGACCUUCUAAAUCAGACAGACAUCCCUGAGAUCCAGAGGGAGACACCUUUGGACAUCAACACAGACUGUGUGAGGGACUCCAGCUCCCACAUGUGGAUUUAUGUGUUUCUGGGAAACGCUCUGAGGGGGAUAGGAGAGACCCCCGUCACCCCACUAGGCAUCUCCUACAUCGACGACUUCGCUAAAGCUGAAAACUCAGCUUUUUACAUUGCAUGUCUACAGACCAUCACACUGCUAGGUCCCAUGUUCGGUUUCCUGCUGGGGUCGUUGUGUGCCAGUCUCUAUGUAGACAUUGGAUAUGUCGAUCUGGAGACUGUGACCAUCACUCCCAAGGAUGCCCGCUGGGUGGGGGCCUGGUGGCUGGGUUUCCUGGUCUCCUCUGUCAUCAUGCUCCUGUCAGGCAUCCCCUUCUGGUUUCUGCCCCGCUCGCUGCCAAAGCAGGGAGAGGAGAACAAGCUGCCCCCUAGCAGCCCUACUCAGGAUGGGACAGAGAACAACAACGCCACCUCACAUCAGGCCAUGACGCUGGCUGAAAUUGCAAAAGGUUUCAUACCGUCACUGAAGAAGCUGCUGAGCACACCAGCGUACUUUCUGCUUCUGUGUGGCAGCCUUCUGAAGUUCAACUCCUUCAUUGGCCUGCUCACGUUCAAAGCCAAGUACAUGGAACAGCAGUUUGGCCAAUCAGCAGCCAGAGCCAACUUCCUCAUUGGUGUGUUGAACCUGCCUGUGGUUGCCGUGGGGAUAUUCCUGGGCGGUCUCCUGAUGAAGAGGUAUAAGCUUGGUGUUGUGUCUGGAGCCCAGCUGUCUUUCGUCACCUCCUUCAUGGCCUACCUCCUCCUCCUUCUGCAGUUUGGCACUAAGUGUGACAACGUUCAGGUGGCUGGGCUGACCGUGUCCUACAAUGGGACCCCUGGUGUAGUGUACAACGGCAACCUGUGGUCAGAGUGUAACAGAGACUGCUCCUGCUUGGCUGGGGAGUGGGACCCUGUGUGUUCAGACAACGGCAUCACGUACACCUCCCCCUGCCUCGCAGGCUGCUCCAGCUCUACAGGAUACGGCAAGAACACGGUAUUCCACAACUGUAGCUGUGUGUUGUCCUCUGCACCAGAGGGCAGCAUGUCAGUAAUAUUAGGCCAGUGUCCUCGCAGCAGAGAGUGCAGCCGCAGCUUCACUUCCUACAUGGCUGUGUCCGUACUCAGCUCCUUUAUCAACUCCCUUGGGACCACGCCUGGAUACAUGGUCAUCAUACGGUGCAUCAAGCCUGAGCUAAAAUCCCUGGCGUUAGGUAUCCAAACUUUGGUGAUGAGAACCCUAGGGGGUAUUCCAGCACCAGUGUACUUCGGGGCUUUGAUUGACUCAACAUGUUUGAGGUGGGGGAUCAAGAAAUGCGGGGGCAGAGGUGCCUGUCGAAUGUAUGACUCUGAUAUGUACAGGGUGAUCUUCCUUGGCCUCAUCACAUGUCUCAGUGGCUCCUCCUACUUUUUCAUCAUCGCAGUCAUUGCCCUGCUGAGGAUACAGUUUAGGAAGGAGGGAGACACCACAACGGGACAGCCCCCACACUCAUCGCUAGAGAUCGAACUUCAGACUCCCCCAAAAACCACUGAACCCCUCAACACACCGAAGGAAAUUGAGGUGCACACCCCUAAAGAGGGAGAAAGAGAGGGAGAGCCGGAACAGGAUAACUCCCUCCAAACUCAAAAAGACACAGAGGUGGAGGAGGAACUAUCCAACACCCAAGUAGAGAGAACGAGUGACCUCAGUCUAACUCGCAGCCAGAAAGAGGAGGUGGAAGAGGUGUUCAGUAGAAGAGAGGAGGAUGUUACUCCAGAUGCCAUCCCUCCUGCUCCUGUGAGCAAGGAAGAAGAGAAGCCUUCUGAUCAGGCCAACGAGCAGGCGGAUGGAGAGGUCAUAGUGAUUCACACCCACAGAGAGAAAGACAACCCACACAACCUCUUGGCUGAGAUGAACCACACAGAGGUAGAGGUAGAGGGCCUUCAGGGCUAGCCAGUCAGCCUGCCUGCUCUUCAAGUCAAUUGUAUUUAAAUUCAUGUUCAUUAAAGAUUUGUACUCAAGAA